UUGCUGCACGGCCACGGCUCGCCCUCACAACCUGUGCUGCUUGCUCUUCGGGGCCCAGGGGCUCCCGAGCCUCCCUGCGUCAGUCUCCCCCUAUAGUUAAUUGUCGUAUCCCGGGCUGGGCGAUACGACACUCUACCCACCCUAAUCUGCGGAAAGUUGAACUACUCGCCCCGAGCUCCUCCCGAGCCCUGUUGGCCUUCAUUUGCCUCUCUGGUUCUUAACCGUUAGGGCUUGUGUGACCCACUGAGUCGGCCAGUUACGGACCUCCCCUCCCCCAAGUUGAACAUUGUCAAAUACACAAGUUUGGUGUAUAUCCUCCGGGAGUUCAGAACUCCACCUCGGGCCUGCCCUUGUAUUUGUUGUAGUUUUCCUAACCACCCCAUGAAGUAGUUCUAAUCUUUGGGGUUUGUUUUUGUUUUCCUUUUGAGACGGUCUUCGGUAUGUACCCCUGGCUAGACAGAAGUUUAGUAAGUAAACCGGACUGUCUAGCUUCGAACGCACAGCAAUCCUAUCUUUGCCUUCAGAGUGAUAGGAUUAUAGACGAGCUAUAACUAUAUCCCACCAUAACUAGCUCUUUGUCUUGUUUUUUAAAAAUAAAACAGGAGCCGGAGUGUGGUAACACGCCUUUAAUCCCUGCACCCAGAACACUAACUUGCUAGUGACUUCCAGGACAGCCAAGGCUACAUAGAAAGAUCCUGUCUCAAAAAACGAAAAAUAAACUGUCAUGCUUGGUGGCUCACACUAUAAUCCCAGCACUGGAGCUAUAUGACUUUGGCUUUCAAGAUCCUCUUCCCGAGAAACCUUUGUGCCCUUGGAAGAAAAGAACUGUGCCUGUUCCCAGAACAGAAUUACUGGGCUACCAAAAGACAGUUCAGCCAGUGGUUGGAAACAAAUCUCCUUUGUGGGUUCUGCCUCCAGAGAAGAAAGCCUGUCCUAUCUUUCCAGAGAAGCUAUCUAAGACCACGUGCCACCCACCUUAUUUUCUGGCCAGGGUCGCAUGUGGGACUCUGUACUGGCCCCUGUACGAUGGCGGAGCAGCGGUUCUGUGUGGACUAUGCCAAGCGGGGCACAGCUGGCUGCAAGAAAUGCAAGGAGAAGAUUGUAAAGGGUGUAUGCCGCAUUGGCAAAGUGGUACCCAACCCCUUCUCAGAGUCUGGGGGUGAUAUGAAAGAGUGGUACCACAUUAAGUGUAUGUUUGAGAAACUGGAACGGGCACGGGCCACCACAAAAAAAAUUGAAGACCUCACAGAGCUGGAAGGCUGGGAAGAGCUGGAAGAUAACGAAAAGGAACAGAUAAGCCAGCACAUUGCCGACCUGUCUUCUAAGGCAGCUGCCACACCUAAGAAGAAAGCUGCUGUCCAGGCUAAGCUGACAACCACUGGCCAGGUGACAUCUCCAGUGAAAGGUGCUUCGUUUAUUACCAGUACCAAUCCCCGGAAAUUCUCUGGCUUUUCAGCAGCCAAACCCAACAACUCUGAGCAAUCCCCCUCAAGCCCUGCUCCUAGGACGAGUCUGUCUGCUAGUAAAUGUGACCCUAAGCACAAAGACUGUCUGCUACGAGAAUUCCGGAAGCUGUGCGCCAUGGUGGCUGAAAAUCCUAGCUAUAACACCAAGACCCAGAUCAUCCACAACUUCUUGCAGAAAGGUUCCACAGGAGAUGGCUUCCGAGGUGAUGUGUACCUAACAGUGAAGCUGCUGCUGCCUGGUGUCAUCAAGAGUGUUUACAACUUAAAUGAUAAGCAGAUUGUGAAACUGUUUAGCCGAAUUUUUAACUGCAACCCAGAUGAUAUGACCCGGGACCUAGAACAGGGUGACGUGUCAGAGACGAUCAGAGUCUUCUUUGAGCAGAGCAAGUCUUUUCCUCCAGCUGCCAAAAGCCUCCUCACCAUUCAGGAAGUAGAUGCAUUCCUCCUGCACCUCUCCAAGCUCACCAAAGAGGAUGAGCAGCAGCAGGCCCUGCAGGACAUCGCCUCCAGGUGUACAGCCAAUGACCUUAAGUGCAUUAUCCGGCUGAUCAAACACGAUCUGAAGAUGAACUCGGGUGCAAAACAUGUGUUAGAUGCCCUUGACCCCAAUGCUUAUGAAGCCUUCAAAGCAUCACGUAACCUGCAGGAUGUGGUGGAGCGAAUCCUUCACAAUGAGCAGGAGGUGGAGAAGGACCCAGGCCAACGACGGGCCCUGAGCGUCCAGGCCUCACUGAUGACACCUGUGCAGCCCAUGCUGGCUGAGGCCUGCAAGUCCAUCGCUUAUGCAAUGAAGAAGUGUCCCAAUGGCAUGUUCUCUGAGAUCAAGUACGAUGGUGAGCGGGUCCAGGUGCAUAAGAAGGGGGACCACUUCAGCUACUUCAGCCGUAGUCUCAAGCCUGUCCUGCCUCAUAAGGUGGCCCACUUCAAGGACUAUAUUCCCAAAGCUUUUCCUGGGGGUCAAAGCAUGAUCUUGGACUCCGAAGUGCUCCUGAUUGACAACAACACAGGCAAACCACUGCCCUUUGGAACUCUGGGAGUGCACAAGAAAGCUGCUUUCCAGGAUGCUAAUGUCUGCCUGUUUGUUUUUGAUUGUAUCUACUUUAAUGAUGUCAGCUUGAUGGACAGGCCUCUCUGUGAGCGACGGAAGUUUCUUCAUGACAACAUGGUUGAAAUCCGUAACCGGAUCAUGUUCUCAGAAAUGAAGCAAGUCACAAAAGCUUCAGACCUGGCUGACAUGAUAAACCGGGUGAUCCGAGAGGGCUUGGAAGGGUUGGUGCUAAAGGAUGUGAAGGGUACAUAUGAGCCUGGGAAGCGGCACUGGCUGAAAGUUAAGAAAGAUUAUUUGAACGAGGGGGCCAUGGCCGAUACAGCUGAUCUGGUGGUUCUUGGGGCCUUCUAUGGGCAAGGGAGCAAAGGCGGAAUGAUGUCCAUCUUCCUUAUGGGCUGCUAUGACCCUGACAGCCAGAAGUGGUGCACUGUCACAAAAUGUGCUGGAGGCCAUGAUGAUGCCACCCUUGCCCGCCUGCAGAAGGAGCUAGAUAUGGUGAAGAUCAGCAAGGAUCCUAGCAAGAUACCCAGCUGGCUGAAGAUCAACAAGAUCUACUAUCCUGACUUUAUCGUCCCAGACCCAAAGAAAGCUGCUGUGUGGGAGAUCACAGGGGCAGAAUUCUCCAGAUCUGAGGCACACACUGCUGAUGGGAUCUCCAUCCGAUUUCCUCGAUGCACCCGAAUCCGGGACGACAAAGACUGGAAAUCUGCCACUAACCUCCCCCAACUCAAGGAGCUGUACCAGCUGUCCAAAGACAGGGCAGACUUUGCUGUGGUGGCUGGAGAUGAGGGGAGCUCCACUCCUGGAGGCAGCAAUGGGGAGAACGAGGGCACUGCUGGGUCUGCUGUGCCCCGCAAGGGCCCCAAGGGCGCCCCCAGUAAGUCCUCUACCAGUGCCAAGAAGACCGAACAGAAGCUGAAUGACCCCAGUAGCAGAGGUGGCAACAAACUGAUUCCAAAGCCUUCCCCCAUGAAAGCAGGAGAGAAGCUGGCUGUGAAGUCUUCUCCAGUCAAAGUGGGAAUGAAGAGGAAAGCUACUGAUGAGACACCAUGCCUGACAAAGGUGCUGAUGGAUGUCUUCACUGGGGUACGGCUCUACUUGCCACCUUCUACACCAGACUUCAAACGGCUCAAACGCUACUUUGUGGCGUUCGACGGGGACCUGGUACAGGAAUUUGACAUGGCCUCAGCCACACAUGUGCUAGGUAACAGGGACAACAACACUGAUGCCCAGUUGGUCUCCUCAGAGUGGAUUUGGGCGUGUAUCCGGAAACGGAGGCUGAUAGCUCCUUGCUAGGACUUUGGUCUUCCUCUUUGGGCUGUCCUCCUCUGCCCACUCUACCACCACAUGAGGCUCAGCCUGAAGGGUAAGGGCCUCUUCGCCAAGCAGCGUACCUUCUUACACCUUCCGAUUCUUCAAGGUCUCUUCUGGAUCAGGAGUUAGCUGCUGUGGACACAAGCAGUUUAACUGAAACUUUCAGAUCCAGGUGCUAGCUUUGUCUUGUUAGUUGUCUGAGGUGCUGAUAACCAACUUAAACCCUUAUUCAUGCUGUGCACAGCACUCUGCCACUGAACUACAGUUUUUCUUAAGCUAGACAUGAAGAAAUCAUAGGGUAUCAGAAGUUCAUGGCUACCCUGGGGUAAGAAUUUAAACAAUAAGAAGCAUCCUUUCCCCCACUGGUUCCACCACAGUUUCCCUCAGUGACUAAGGAUUGAAGACUGAGCAGAAUCUACUUCCUGUGCUCCUCAUUUCCAUGUACAUCUUAAACGCUGUAUUUAAACUGUUCUCAAACGCUUCUUAUAUGUGGCAAAACCUUUAUUAUGCCUGGUCCAAACCCUCAUGUGAAAGAACAAAGUGGUCUCCAAUGAUUAUAGUUUCCAGGUCACUGACUGGAGGGAGAGACUGACAUCUACAGGAAAGUACCCUCCUUGGAGACAGAGGUUCCUUGAAGGUGAAUUUGCCUCCUCAAAUCUGACUAAUCUCAGGAGCACAGGUCCAUAGCUGGGAAAAUCUCCACAUCCUGCCUACCAAGGCUGUCUCCUGUGCCAUGUGUGGCAGAUGCUCCUGAAGGGUAAAGAAAGAUGAUUUCUGUGUAUAACUGCACACGGGAUAUUCUGCAACAGUGGAAGUGUACUAAACUAGCCUCAUCUGAUUAUCAAGCCCUUGAAAUGUGGCUAGCAUAAGGUUAUGCAACAUUUCAAGACAACUUCAAAUGGUCUCAAGUUACUAGUGACAUCACACAUCAUCUGAGCAUCAGUUCCUUAAGAGGAAUGGGCAGAGUCACUAUUGCCGAAUCACUGGGCAGCUGCCAGUGACCUCGGACACCUUGUUUAAGGCAUGCAGCGCACACCCUGGUACAGAUGUUGUCCAGAAGGAGGCCUAGCUUACCGCCUCACAAGUUCACAUUUCUAAUCAUGGGCUUCUCCAGGAACUGGUAGACGGGCUUCCUUGUCUAUGCUGUGCCACCUCUUGAUCAACUCAGCAGGCUUACCUAUCCACCACCUGUGAGCUAGGUUACUAUGGUGGAACUCACUUAUGUGAGUCUCUAAGAUAGACCCACCACCCCAUGUAACUCCUAAAGUAAUAUCCCACUAGGAGGUUGCUUGCUUGUCUGGCUCUGUCCUUCACCUACUAUUUAAGACUUAGGUGUAAAUGCUCUGAUGAGGGCAGAGUAGGCAACAUUCAGUCUAGUAAGUAAAACAUUUUAUUCUAGCCUCAAGGCAGAAGCUGCUUUGUGCUUUGAACACUUGCCUUCCUUGGACCGAGCAGCUUGGUAGAGCAUCAAAGAUGACUCUUCCCCAUCCCACAGGGCCAAAAGUUCAGCCCUUUGUCCCUUUAAUGCCUUACUGUAUAUUUACUCCAAAUCAUCAGAUCUUUGUACAUUGCCCUUUGCAGAGAGGUUAAACUCUAUGUAGACCUUUGUAUCUUUUCCUGUCUUUCUACACAACCCUAAGCACUGUCACCUGAAACCUCCAAGGCUAGAAACAUGUCCACCCCACCCUUCCCAUGGCCUUUGUUUACAUAGUGCCAGUUGAUGACAGGCAGUGUUCAUUUCUGGCUGCUCAACAGCAAGAUACAGAGUAGAAUCCUUUCAUCUAGUUCUCCCAGAGGUGAUACACUCCCCUCCCCUCAGGCACCUGGUCAGGUAGGUGGGUACAGGCCUAUGCUUACUCUGUAGUCUGCUCUUUAGGGUGGGCCAACCUUUGAGCCACACUUGUCUAUAUCCAAAAGCUACUGUCAAUCUUUCAGGGUAACUUGAAAACUUACUGCCUACCUAGCUGUCUUGAGGUUACUUUCUACUUAGCUCUUGAAGGUCCCUCUACAGUGGGACUGUAAUAACUUCACAUGGUGCUUCCCAUUUGCUCUUGAGAAUCAUUCUUACACUUAGCUCUAACUUCCACAGUUUCUCCAAUGGACUCUUGUGACCUUAGGCAAGUCACAACAUAGAGCGGGGUACCUCUAUAAGUGGGAUGCAGUGUCUCUGUGCAUGUGCCUGCAUUUACAAGUUCUUUGGGGGCCUCUGGCAUUAUCCCCUCACACCAGAUGGGACAGGCAUCUGUAUUUAAACUUUAUUACAAAAUUAUAAAGCAGAGCUCUGUAACAAAAAAAUACACAUUUGGGUAUGCUUUUUAACACCCAGGUGAGAAAAUCUUAAUGUAAGCCACUUGGAGUUACACAUUUACAUCCAAGAGAUCUCAACAAAUUUGUACAACAAAGACUAUUAAUUCCUUUACAGCUCAUUAGUUUAGAACUGGCUAUUCCAACCUAUGAAACAGCGUCUUUGAAAACGUAAGUCUCAACUGAAAUCUUGGUGCAAUCAGCAAAAUCCACAGAAUAAUUGGAAGGAUUAGGUGUUUGAACAUUAAAUAAGACCAAGGAUCCGUGAAGAACAGAAAAGGGGCUCAGGUAUUUAAAAAAAAAAAAAAAAUCAGGUUUUCUACCUGAGAUGUUAACUGGAAUGGGUUCCAGCUUUCAUUUGGUUUAAUAAAAAAGUUGUUUGACAUG